UAAGGUGCACAAGUUUGAACUUACCGAUGAGGAAUAUGCAAAGCGCUCUGAUUCUGUAAAAGCAUUCAAGGAAAAACACAAACUUGGCAUAUAUGAGGAUCCAGAAAAGAAAGAAAGAGAGAUGAAACUAGCAGAAGAAAAUGAGAAGCAACUUGCGGAGAAUAUAAAAAUAGAUGACAGGUGUGAAGUUUCCAUGUCCAGACAACCGCAAAGGAGGGGUACUGUAAUGUUUGUUGGACCAGUUGAGUUUCAACGUGGUGUAUGGGUGGGUGUUAAACUUGAUGAACCAAUGGGUAAAAAUAAUGGCAGUGUUCAAGGAAAGAGGUAUUUUGAAUGCGCACCAAAGUAUGGACGUUUUAUCCGACCUUCACAAAUAACCGUUGGCGAUUUUCCAGAAGAAGGUAUGGAGGACUUUGAUGAACUAUGAUGACCUGGAUGAUGAAUUCAAAUCAUUGAAGGUUUAAUUAACUUUUUUUUAAAUUACAGAUUAGUUUGAAAUUGAAGUUACAGCGUUUUAAUAUUAAUUGGGUGGAUAUUUCACUUUACAAUGUUGCUCAUUAAAUUCAGUAAAAAUGUUUUGAAAAAAUAAAAGUACAUUUGUAUUCCUCUUUUAGCCCAAAAUAUUUUUACUUCCUGCAGUGCCAGUGUUAAUUACAAUAUGUGAUUUCAUUAUUUUUUUAAUAAAAUAUUAUUUUGAAUUACUUUGUGUAAAUUGGUGUACUUUGCAUAGUCUUAAACUGAAUAAAUUCAUCACAUGUAUAUUGUUUUAUACAAAUAUGAAGGAAUCCCAGAACAUCUGCUUCCAUAUUGUUUUAUGUGACUUGACAGAAAUUAAUCAAGCUAAUGUAGCCAAGGUAUUGCCAUUACACGAUGAGCCAAGUGUUUCACUGUCUCCCCUGAAAGGUAUCCCACGCUCUGGCAAUGUGUAACAACACGCUCAAACACAUACCUCCGGUACUGUUGCUCUGUUUUAUCUGUUUGACUAGUUGUGAAUGUAAGGUUAAACCACGUUUUCUAGUUAAGCAUGUCAGCUGUGCUAUGAUUUUCAGGGCUUUCAUGACUGAUUUCUCGUAUAAUUGUGCCAGUUAGGACACCCACAAGACACUAGUGCUGUUUAUUAUGUUAAAUAGAGCUUGCCGACAAUGCAGUAAAUACAACCCGUUGUUGGAGUGUAUACUAAUUCCCGUAAGGAUUCCUGAUUAUUUUUUUCACCAUUACCAUUUUUGGCAUGAAAUCCAAUCGUUCAACAAUACCUAUUUCGAUUUUUGAAUGACUCCCGAUACUGACAGUCUGGUGGACCUUUUAUGGAUACAGCAUGAGAUUUCUUCCAUAGUUGAGAUAUUCAACAACCCAACAUCAUUCACUGUUCUUAAUUUAUGUUUCCUUCAGAUGUCUGUUCAGGCUGUGAAGCAUUUACACCUGUAACACUAACGGUGUUUUCCUAAGCUGGUUACUCUGUAACAUUGUUAGGUAAAAGUGACAAUGAUCUGACUUGGACUGUCCCCCGCUUUAGGCUUACAUCUGUGUUACCAAAAAGAAUGCCUGAACCAAACAUAUACUUGCAUUAAAAUGUAAUAAUAUUUCCUGUAAAAUAACACUAUUGGCGCGUUUUCCCGUUAGACACUGUAAUUUAUUAGCUCUUGACAUCUAUGAUAUCCACAUGGUAGGAUCACGUGUCCAGCUGACAUAGUCACGCCUGCCAGGCGCGCGAGUGAAGACGACAGGAAUGUAUGAGCGUAGCUAGGCGACAUGCAUGCGCUCGCCAAAUACGGCCUUCAAAACCAAGUUGGGAAAUCAGUAGCUUAGAGAGAGAGGGGAAGAGAGAUCAUAGAUAGAUAGACAGAGAGAGAGAGAGAGAGAGAGAGAGAAAGAGACUGCGUAUAUGCAUUCAUUGUGUGGCGGUAUGUUGCCUUAAUUUUAUGACAGCCAUAACGAGACGCAAAUGUUGUACGUGUUGAGUUUGUUAUAAUCUUAAUAAUAUUAUAAAGGCCAAAUUUCAAUGGGAACUUCGGUGUAUUAUUCUUUACCAUAAUUCAUAUUUGGCGUAGUGUAAUCACAGUAGUGUUCUUCGUUUCUAACAUAUAUGCCAAUUAAGUGCCAUUGAUUGCACAUUUGAUUCGAGGAUUGUUUGACACAUUGGAUGUGCUUACUGUGUCGGUGUUACCUAUUUAGCAUACUUUGCUUACAAUACGUCAAACACACGUUUGUUACGGAAACGUUACUCAGAUUAAUUAUCAUCGAACUUUACAAAAUGUUUAAUUGUUUAGACGAGCGUGAGUCAUGUUACGUAGUGUACCGUUAAAAUGCCAGACCAUUGAACGAUGAGAGAAUGUAUAGUUUGUUCAUUUCUUUGCGUCAUUUUGUGAUGAACUUAAAAUACAUGUAGGCGCCUUUGGUAAUUAAUGGCAAUCUUAUGGAUUACAUAUAUACAUAUAAUAUAAAUAUAUAUAGCAUAUAUACAAAAAAUAUCCCCCAUUAUAAGUAGACAUGAACCUGACUUUGAGUAAGUUGUUUGGCACCGUGGUAACAAAAGCCUAGGCGUUGUAAUGUGUAUUUUAAGUUUUUAUCAAAAUAUUUCGGUAAAAAACGCGAAGGUCGAUCGAUUAUGAUUUUUGUUUUAAAAUAAAUGGGUAGAAAACAC